AUGCGGCUCCCCAAAAUGAAGCUGCUGUUGUUCCUGGUUUCCCAGAUGGCCAUCUUAGCGCUUCUCAUCUAUCUGUACAACCACAACCCUAACUCCCUGCCUAAGAGGAAGGAGCUCAAGCCCAUGCACUUGCUGGUCCUGUCUUCAUGGCGCUCUGGCUCUUCUUUUGUGGGGCAGCUUUUUGGACAGCACCCAGAUGUCUUCUACCUGAUGGAGCCUGCCUGGCAUAUCUGGAUGAGCUUCACACAAAGCACCCCCUGGAGGCUGCAUAUGGCAGUGAGGGAUCUGAUACGUGCCAUCUUUUUGUGUGACAUGAGCGUCUUUGACGCCUAUAUGAAACCCGGCCCGCGAAAACAGUCUAGCCUCUUCCAGUGGGACAGCAGCCGGGCCCUGUGCUCCCCGCCUGCCUGCAACAUCUUACCACGGGAUAUGAUUAUAUCCCAAGCUCAUUGCAAGCUCCUGUGCAACAAACAGCCCUUCGAGGGGGUGGAGAAGGCCUGCCGCAGCUAUCGCCACGUGGUGCUCAAGGAGGUGCGCUUCUUCAAUCUGCAGGUGCUCUACCCGCUGCUGAGGGACCCUUCCCUCAAUCUGCACAUCGUGCACCUGGUCCGCGACCCCCGGGCAGUGUUCCGUUCCCGAGAACACACCACGCAGGAACUCAAGACUGACAGCCAAAUUGUGAUGGGGCAGGAGUGGCAGAAACUCAAGAAGGAGGACCAACCCUACUACGCGAUGCAGGUCAUCUGCCAAAGCCAGCUGGAGAUCUACAAGGCUGCGCAGUCCUUGCCCGAGGUCCUGAAGCAGCGCUACCUGCUCAUGCGCUAUGAGGACCUGGUCCGCGACCCCCUGGCCCAGACUGCCCGGAUGUACGAAUACGCAGGGUUGAAAUUCUUGCCCUGGCUCCAGACCUGGGUGCUGAACAUCACCCGAGGCAAGGGCAUGGGUAGUCACGCCUUCCACACGAAUUCCAGGAACGCCCUCAACGUCUCCCAGGCCUGGCGCUGGUCCUUGCCUUAUGGAAAGGUGUCUCAACUUCAAAAAGUAUGUCGCGAUACCAUGAAUUUGCUAGGCUACAACCUCGUGGGAUCUGAGCAAGAGCAGAGAAACCUAACGCUGGAUCUUCUGGCUGCCUGGACCCCUUGGGGCAAUUCUACCAAACAGGCCGAGGAGGCUCUAUCCCCACCUGGCACCAGCUUCACCCACAGUAACUGAAGGCUGCUUCUGAGUCUUAAUUAUGUUGGUACACGAGAGCACGGGUUGUGCCCACACAUGCGCAAACCGAUAAAUUUUUGUGUCUUUAUUCAUCUAGAAAAAAAGUAACCUUAUGCGAGCGGCACAUUCCACCACCUUGCUAUCUGUGUAGACCUCAGAGACUCCAUGGCCUGCGGUCCUAUUUGGCACCGCACAGUAUCAGUGGACUAAAUCUAUUAUUAACUUCUUUGUCCACAUCUCGCCCAGUGGGAGAAGGUAAGGACAGAAAAAAACAAAACAAAACAAAAAAACAGAAAAAUGGGUCUUCCAGUGGAGAGCCAGUACAUUCCACAGGGGUGUGAACUCUGAGCCCUCAGAGCUCUUGGUGGAUUUGAAAAGAGGAUGGGGAACAGGGCUGGAUGCUUACCGAGAAGCCUGGCCAUUAUGGCUAGUGGUUAUCACAAAUACGAAACAAAAUCUCUGCACAAUAGAGCAAGCUCUUAAGUUCAUCGUGCCUGGACCGGAUUUGGAUGUCAUUUCCCCUCAGUGUUUUCCUCACACAUAGAAGAUUUUGACCUGUG